UUUGCCAUCAUUAAACCACCAUGUCGUCAAUAGUAUUGAAUGUGAGUUUGAACAAUGUGGGUAAGAAGGUGUCUGUGACCAAGUCGACGACUGUGAACCAGUUGGUGCAAGAGGCAUUAAAGAAGUUUGGUUUGGAUGCCGGCGAAUACCCAAAGGCAAUGGUUUAUUCAAAUGGGAAGAAGAUCGAUAAUUUGCUACCAAUUAGAUUAACUAAUUUGAUCAAUAACUCCAAGUUGAAGUUGGAGACUGGUCCCAAGGGAGAUUCGGCUGGAACACCCAAGGUUAUCUCAUUGAAAUGUAUAAUCAAUGAGACCAAUGGUGGUUCCAGUACUAAGAUUAUUAAGAUAGACAAUGGUAAGACGGUGCUUGAUUUGGUGAAUGAGUUGGAUGCUGGGUUAUUGGAGUAUGACGCUGGUGUAUAUGAUUUGGUGGUUGUGGUGAUGGAUUAUAAGUUGAGUCAAUCCAAGAAUGAGUUGGGAGUUAAGUUGAAUAGUCUUUUGGGAGACGUAUCUAGUUUGGUGGUGAGAAUUGGAUUUGCGCAGAGGGACAACAGUGAUUUGGUCAAAGAGCAGCAGAAAAUAGUCGGGAUGCAAUUGGAGCAGCAAAGAAAGAGACAAGCCUUGGAAGCCGAACGAGACGCCCAGAGAGAAGUUGAGCGAAAGGCUGCACAAGCUGAAAGAGAUAACAAACGGGUUGAAGAAGAAGCUGACAGAAACGAAAAAGUUGAAGGAGAAAGAAAAGAAAAAGUUGAAGGAGAAAGAAAAGAAAAAGUUGAAGGAGAAAGAAAAGAAAAAGUUGAAGGAGAAGCUGACAGAAAAGAAAAAUUUGGAAGAGAAAGAAAAGAAAAAGCUGAAAGAGAAGAAAGAAAAGCUACCCCGAAAGAUUCUGUCAGACCAGUAAUUGCUCCAAGAGAAGCCAAUGCUGUAUCGACCACUCCCCAAUUGUUCAAAGCGUCAAGUCGAUCAAAAACUUACGAAAACCCGGACGAAGACUACGAAAUGACUAUCGGCCAAGCACAGAAAUAUCAGCAAAUAAUCGCCAACAGCGCCAAACCCAAAAAGACCAAACAAAUCAAAAGCUUACCCGAAGCAUACACCAUCAGGGUCAAGUUCCCCAACCAAUCGAUUUUGCAAUUCCAUUUCGAAAAUGGCGAAACCAUUAAAUUCGGCCAAAUCUUGAAAAAAAUCGAUGAAUUACUAUUAAGCAAGUUCAUCAACAAUUACACUUUGAAACUAGGUUACCCUCCCUUCACCAAAUUGGGACAAACCUUCAAGGACAACAGCACGAAACUUCACGAUAUGAGCGACUUCCAAAUCAACUCACAAAUAACCUUGAUUUGGGAGUACAAUCAGCCAAUCGACUCAUCCGCCCAGUUUCUAAAAGAAGACCAAUUGACCAUCUCCGACAGCUCCCAUCUUCCCGAAAUGGUUCUUGAAAACAACCGCGCCAACUUGGACGACGAAGCCGAGACUCCUCCUCCCACCGGCAAUCCAAACAAGAUCACCAAUCAAGUCAAGAAAGAUGCAAAAGGUAAUAAGCUUCCAAAGUGGUUUAGAGUUAAAUAGAUGCUCGCAUAACAAGUAAAUAAACAUACCUCAUCAACCACAAUACACAUAUCACAGUGAAUACA